ACCACAACUGGCCUGGACUUAAGUGUUCUCUCAGGAUUGUUCUGGUUCAGGGUCCUGGUUCAACAGAGUGGACUGUAUCUGGACUAAACUGGAUCCAGGACCAGGUCUGGGUCGAAGUGGGCCAAGAUGGACGGGUUCCAGGCAUAUGGAGCUGGGAAGGCGGGCGGGGCCUUCGACCCCCUGACCUUCAUCAGGCAGCCUCAGACCGUGGUCCGGAUCCUGUGCUGGCUCUUCUCCGUCGUCAUCUUCGGCUGCGUCGCUAACGAAGGCUACGUCAACCGUCCGGAGGAGGAGGCGGAGUUCUGCAUCUUCAACCGGAACCAGAGCGCCUGUAACUACGCCGUCGCCAUGGGAACGCUGUGCUUCCUGUGUAGCUCCGCCUUCCUGGCCCUGGACGUUUACUUCCCUCAGAUCAGUGGCGUCAAGGACCGCAAGAAGGCCGUCAUGGCCGACAUCGGUGCCUCAGCCAUGUGGGCGUUGCUGUGGUUCGUGGGCUUCUGCUUCCUGGCCAAUCAGUGGCAGGUUUCCAGAGAAGAGGACAACCCCCUGAGGGAGGGGGCCGACGCUGCCAGAGCCGCCAUCGUCUUCUCCUUCUUCUCUGUGUUCACCUGGUCUGUCCAGUGUCUUCUGGCCGUCCACCGGUUCAAACUGGGAUCCGACUCCGUCCUCUUUAAUCAGGACUACGUUGACCCCAAUCAACAGGAGGCCCCACAGGCCCCGCCCACAGAGGACCAGAUGGGUGGGGCUAUGCUUCAUAUGGCCACACCUACAGAGGACUAGAGGGGGCGGGGCUCCACAUGAAGACUGUAGUUGGUUGGUUUUCAUUAGUGUAGUGAUCAAAUGUGUAGCGUCCCCUGUUGGU